AUGGGCAAAUCCUUCUUGUGGGUCUUCUCCCUGUUCUGCCUCCUUGCAGCAGCCACCCCACUGAAGUGCAUAACGUGCCACCUUCGCACACGGACAGACCGCUGCAGAAGAGGUUUCGGUGUCUGCAAUGCUCAGCGUGACGAGACCUGCAUGACCUUAAAGAUAUAUCAGGACAAACAACUGGAGAUAACAUACAUGGAGUGUCAGAAAUUCUGCAGAAACCUGACAUUUGAUCUUAACAAGCGGACUUACGUUUACAAAUGCUGUACUCACAAUUAUUGUAACAUCAAAUUCUAA